UUUUCAGAUAACUUAUUUUGAUAUGACCUCAUUCUAUCUUCUUUCAAAGAAUUUUGCACCUCCUCAAUCUGUUUGGCUUGGUUAAUAGUGUCUUCUAAUGUAUCCGUUGUAAUAAAUGCCAAUUUUUCCUUAAUUUCCAAUUUAAUUCCAUUUUUGAAAUAGUCUUUAGCCAGAUCAUCUCUCCAAUCUUUAAUUCUCUGAGUUCGCGCCUCUUCUGUCUCAAGAACAACUUUUUUAAAGGAAUUUUCUGGAAAAGCCUUGUUUAUUAGACCGCGAAUAACCUGCGCAAAUUCAAUUAUAGAUUCAUUAGAUUUUUGUUUUAUGUUCGUCAACAUCCUACGCGCUGAUUCCUUUGUAUUUAAUUUCUUCAAUUUUAUUGCUAAGGCGUCUGUCAGCCCUUUCCAAGUAUUUUUAGAGUCUGCGCCCAAAGAAUCAUAUAUCGCGCGAGCUUCCUCCAACAAAUAUAAAGGUAAAAUUUGGGUGCAACGCGUCCCACUCCACUGA